CGCUGUUUUUGGGUUUACAUACACGCCGAGGAUUUGAACUCCGCAGUACAAGCUUGAUUGUUGUGCGAGUAAAUGGCGGACAGAGCGGGGUUGUUACAUUGUGAACAAUAACACUACAAAGCCGCGAUUUGUGAGGUGAUCAGGUUAAGUGUCCCCACGGCACCUCACCGAGAGGGGACUCCGGCAAACGCACGGCGCAGUUGGGUUUGCGGAGGCUUGUUUUGUUAGCAGCUACGGCCCUUGUUGAGUGCAUUGGAGUUCCCAGUCAGGAAGUUGGUCUUCGGGGUGGGUAAUUAUGGGGGACUCUCUGGGUCUGGUUGGGAAGAGGCUGCUCCUUCUCUUUCGUGACGGAGGCUCAGCUGCAGGAUCCGAACAGGAGCAGGCCGUCUGGACGCGCAACUGGGUCCGGGGUACAGUCCGGGCGGUCAGCGUGAUUGGUUUGGCCAGUCCAGGGGUAGAGGUGAGCGGCGAAGAGGGAACAACAACAGCAACAGAAGCGGGGCUGACGGUGUUUGUGGAGUUUGAGGACUGUCCCUGGCGAAACCGGUCCUGGGUGCAGGUCUACGGGGAGGAGGUGGUGACCGUGCUGGUGGAGAGCUCCAUCGUCUGGGCCGCCCGCAACGACCCCAACCUCUCCGCAGCAGUCUGUCCUGCGCUGGCCUUUCGCCCGCUGGUGGAUCGCCUGGGUUUGGGAUCCCUGGUUCCUGUGGAGUUUUUUGGCAGCAAGAUCCUGAACUUCGUCCCAGAUGGGAACUCACUGCAGCCAUUCGAGAUGGAGCAGGACCUGCGGCACGCCCUGCUGCAGGAGCAGCCCGCUCUGCAGUCUGAGGUCAGCGUGUGGCGCGGUGACUUCGAGCUGCAGGAGAUCCUGAGGAAGGGCUCGUUCCCGAUCCAGGGCCGACGGGUUCGCGUGUACCAGCCCGAGUAUGACGACCCCUGGGCCCUGGGCCUGGUCUCCCAGCAUAGCCUGGGCACCCACAUCAUGGAGAUCACCCUGGACCAGGGCAAGGCGACGCAGGUGGUGGACCCCCGCGUGAUUCACGUGACGCUGGCGGAGGGCGUCUCAGACGAGACCCGGGCGGGCGUUGGCGGCUGGCACAGGAAGGAGAGCGAUGGCGGGAAGGGGGACGCGGGCCGGCGGCGGCGGAAUGCCUCGGACAGUGAAGGGGGCGACGCCGUGCUGAAGCGCUUCAAGGGGGCGGGCGAGGGCGCGGCCGAGGGCCAGAACGGGGGCGCGGGCAGCGAGGCCAUGGAGGAGGGGCUGAGCAGCUGGGCGGGCGGGGCCCGGCUGGCCAACAACAGUAGCCCCGCCCUGGAGGCGGGCCAGGGGCAGGGCUCGCCCAAUCCCGGCCUCCCGCAGGCACAGGCCGGCCUGCGAUUCGCCUCUUUCGCCACGGAGAACGGCCGCCCCGCCCAAGGGGACGCCGCCACCCCCGCGCUGCCCACCCUGAAACCUGCCCCCUCCCCCUUCUCCAACACCUCCUUCCCCUCCCUGGGGCAGAUGCCCAGCCUCGUCCAGGGGGGGUCCCCCAAACCCGCCCCCGCCUCCUCGGCCUCCGUGCCCGAGAGGGAGAAGGAGGGGCGCCUGACCCCGUUCCCAAACGCCGCCGCCUCGCUGGUCUCCCCGGGACCCCCCGCCUCAGCCUCGCACCUCUCCGAGGGAGGGGCCCCCUGCCUGGCCCCCGCCGCCCCGCUCAGCUUCAGCCAGAGCCCCCCCAGCUGGGGAGGAGCCGCGACCGAGAGCUCUAAGUCCGCGGCGGGAUUCCGGAUGUCCCAGCCGGUGUUCGGGGAGGGGCGAGCCCAGACGCCCACGCAGACCAACGGGACGGCGGGGCCGGACGCUCGACCGUUCGGGUUCCUCUUCGGCGGAAAGGAGGAGCCGGCACGGGACGCGGAGUCCUCGCAGAACCUGUUUUUCCAGUGCAUGAACCAGAAGCCCAGCCCGGGCCAGUCGGGCGGUACCGCCAAGGGCACCAACUACUUCACGGCGGUUUCGGAAAGCCUGGGCAAGGAGCCGCCCAGCCUGUUCAAACCCGCCACCUCGUCCUCCGAGAGUCUCAAGAAGAGUGUCCUCACGCCCGCGUCCACAGGGCUGUUUAGCCCCGCUCACGGCCUUCCUAAGGACCCCAGCGUCCGAGCGUCUGAGACCCAGCUGUCCGGGAACGGGACGGUGCUGGGUAAGACCUUCGGGGUGGACGCCAUGCCCAAACUCUCGACGGGUUUCCCUGGCGGUGUCGGCGGCUCUGGAGGUCUGAGGGCGUCUGGCCUGGGGAUGGGGGGGAUGGGGACGGGCGGUGCCGCCGGUCUCGGCGGCGGUUUGGGCCUCCUGGGCAAGACCAAGGGCUCGGAGGCGCACGAGAACCUUUUCCUGCAGACCCCAAAACGCGAGGAGCCCACCAACCCUUUCCUGGCCUUUCCCGAAAAGCUUUCCCACAGUCCCUUCAGCGGCCUGCUCUCCCCCCAGACCCCAUCCUCCACCUCUUCCGCCCCCUCCGCCGCUGGGUCCAGCGUUUCGGGACCGGCGGAGGCGGAAGGGCUGGGCGCCGCGGCGGAGAGCCAGCCCAACCUGUUCACCAUGUCGGAGCAGCCGCGGGGCCUCCUGUCUUCCUCCUUCGGCGCCAUGUCCUCGGGCUCCGCCGCGUCCUCCUCCGCCCCGCCCGUUUCCCUGCUCCCCCAGGACACCCUGCAGGUCGCCCCGCAGAGCGCCGACGGGCUGGGCCCCAGCAUGGGCCCCGGGGGCACGCCGGAGGGCGGCGCGCUCGAGCUGCAGGCCCCGUCCGGCUUCUCCGUGUUCGGCGGCGGGGGCGACGCCCCUCAGAAGUUCUCGCUGGACGAGAGGGGCGUCUCGGCGAAGCGCGACUCGGACUCCAGCUCCAACAACAGCGACCUGUCGGAUCUGAGCGAGGCGGAGGACCCGCUGGACCCCAUCCCCUCCCGCUCGGCCGCCCAGGACAAGGGCAAGGGCAAGGGCGUGGGCAAGAGCCGCCCGCGCAGCAAGCCCUUCAAAGUGGGGCAGUCGGUGCUGAAGGACCAGGCGAAGGUCCGGCGGCUGAAGCAGUCGGGGGAGUCCUUCCUGCAGGACGGGUCCUGCAUCAACGUGGCGCCCCACCUGCACAAGUGCCGCGAGUGCCGCCUGGAGCGCUACCGCAAGGUCCGCGAGCAGGACGAGGACGAGGACGACCCCAACGUGGCCUGCCGCUUCUUCCACUUCCGCAGGUUGGCGUUCACGCGGAAGGGCAUCCUUCGUGUGGAGGGCUUCCUGAACCCCCAGCAGAGCGACCCGCUCGCCAUGGGGCUGUGGCUCCCCUCCCCUGCCGCCCACGAGGGCCUGGACCUCGACACCUCCAAGUACAUCCUGGCCAACGUGGGCGACCAGUUCUGCCAGCUCGUCAUGUCCGAGAAGGAGGCCAUGAUGAUGGUGGAGCCCCACCAGAAGGUGGCGUGGAAGCGUGCGGUGCGAGGCGUCCGGGAGAUGUGUGACGUGUGCGAGACCACGCUCUUCAACAUCCACUGGGUCUGCCGCAAGUGCGGCUUCGGCGUCUGUCUGGACUGCUACAGACUGCGCAAGAGCCGUCCCCAGGAGGAGGAGGAAGGCCCAGAUGAGGAGGUGUUCUCCUGGCUGAAGUGUGCGAAGGGGCAGCCGCACGAGCCCCAGAACCUCAUGCCCACCCAGAUCAUCCCCGGCACAGCUCUCUACAACAUCGGGGACAUGGUCCAUGCUGCCCGGGGCAAAUGGGGCAUUAAGGCUAACUGCCCCUGCACCAGCCGACACACCAAGCCCCUGGUGCGGCCCAGCGCCCCCAACGGCCUCUCGCAGUCUGGCGUGAACUCCGGCGCGGGCGGCCCUGGCCCGGCCACGCCCAGGACAGAGGCGGAGGUCGGGACCCCUCCCGCGGCGUCGGCGGUGAAGGCGGAGCCGCCCGCGGAGGGCGCGGUCGAGCCAAUCGGCGACGGCGCCGGGAGCAACGUCCCGCCCCCUGCUAAAGAGCCCCGCCCCUCCGGGACAGACUCCGCCUCCUCCUCCGCCCUCCAUUGGCUGGCAGACCUGGCGACCCAGAAGGCCAAAGAGGAGACGAAAGACCCCGGCUCUCUGCGCUCCGUGGUUUCUCGGGACAGUCGGCCGUCCUUCGGCCUGGACUCCCUGGGCUCCUUGUCCAGGCCGUCGCCCUCCCUCUCCAGCCCCAAGCUCUUCAACAGCCUGCUGCUGGGGGCCGGGGCCCCUGGGGGGGCCCAGCCCAAGGCCGAGGGCUCCAGCCUGCGCCACCUGCUCAACUCCGGCCCCGGCAAACUGCCCCAGGGCUCCUCCGACCCCGGCGUGCCCUUCCCCUCCGUGUUCUCCACGUCCUCCGGGGGUGAUAAGUCGAAGGGCAGCCUGCCCAACUUCCUGGAUCACAUCAUCGCGUCCGUGGUGGAGACGAAGAAGGCGGAGUUUCGGCGGGGCGGGGCUGACGGUGUGGAGGCGGGGCCUAUGGGUCGGCGGGAGGCGGUGAUUGGCCUGAGCGUGCUGGACCCCCACACCUCCCACUCCUGGCUGUGUGACGGCCGGCUGCUCUGUCUGCAGGACCCCAGCAACGGCAACAACUGGAAGAUCUUCCGCGAGUGCUGGAAGCAGGGCCAGCCUGUGCUGGUGUCGGGGAUCCAUAAGAGGCUGAACGGCGGCCUGUGGAGGCCGGAGGCGUUCAGCCUGGAGUUCGGGGAUCAGGACGUGGACCUGGUGAACUGCCGCAACUGUGCCAUCAUCUCCGACGUCAAAGUGGGGGAAUUCUGGGAUGGAUUCCAGGUCAUCUCCAAGCGGCUGCAGGGCAGUGACGGGCAGCCCAUGGUGCUGAAGCUGAAGGACUGGCCUCCGGGAGAGGACUUCAGAGACAUGAUGCCCACACGGUUCGAUGACCUGAUGGAGAACCUGCCCCUCCCUGAGUACACCAAGAGGGACGGGCGGCUCAACCUCGCCGCCCGGCUCCCAGACUUCUUCGUGCGGCCGGACCUGGGGCCCAAGAUGUACAACGCCUACGGUCUCACCUCCUCGGAGGACCGGAAGGUGGGCACCACGAACCUGCACCUGGACGUGUCGGACGCGGUGAACGUGAUGGUGUACGUGGGCAUCCCGGAGGGGGAGGGGGACUUCGGCCCGGACGCAGUCCCCAAUGGAUUUACAGAGGUGAUGACGACGAUCGAGGAGGGCGACGUGGACGAGGUGACGAUGAGGAGGAUCUACGAGAUGAAGGAGAAGCCCGGUGCCCUCUGGCACAUCUACGCCGCCAAGGACGCCGAGAAGAUCCGCGAGCUGCUGCGCAAGGUGGGGGAGGAGCAGGGGCAGGAGAACCCUCCGGACCACGACCCGAUCCACGACCAGAGCUGGUACCUGGACCAGACGCUGCGGCGCCGGCUGCAGGACGAGUACGGGGUGCAGGGCUGGGCCAUCGUGCAGUUCCUGGGGGACGCAGUCUUCAUCCCCGCGGGGGCCCCGCACCAGGUCCAUAACCUGUACAGCUGCAUCAAGGCAGCGGAGGACUUUGUCUCUCCCGAGCACGUGAAGCACUGUUUCAGACUGACGCAGGAGUUCAGACACCUGUCUACCACGCACUCCAACCACGAGGACAAGCUGCAGGUGAAGAACAUCAUCUACCACGCCGUGAAGGACGCGGUGGGAACUCUGCGGGCCCACGAGCCCAAGCUGGCCCGCUCUUAGCUCGUGAUCGCCCCCUGCUGCUUCCGCGCGGGAGUGGGGAUGAGGGUCCGGAGGGAUCCGCCUGUUUUCGUUACGCGUUCGGAGACGGUCGACCAGCUCGCCGUUUCUCUGCUGAACUCCUGGUCAGGAUGAAGGAAGCACUUCAGUGUGACUCAUCGCUCAAGACAACAAAAUGUUUUUUUGAAUCCCCCCCCCCCCCCGUGUGAAAGGCAUUAGAUCUGAGAGUUACCUGGCGACGUGCCUUCUUCUGAGUUCCAAUCGAUUCUGAAACCGUGACCUCCCGUCCUUUUAAAACUUUUUCCUCAUCUUGUUUUGUUUUUUUAACCCCCACCCAAUAGAAGAGAGUACUUCACUUUUGUUUGAUUGUUUUUGAGCACCAGAAUUUUAACCCCCCCCCCCCCCCCCCACCCUCCCCAAUGCCACCACCCUUUCUUGGUGGAAAUGAACUAGAAGCAGUUAAGGGAUUAAACAGACCAAAGUUUUCUAUUUUCCGUGGUUUGGUUUUCUUCCAUUACGGUGACUUCUUCAUUUGUUUUUACACCCACAGCGGAGGGGUGGACGACUGAAGGCAGUGAUAGUCCUACUGUUGUUUUUCUCACCAAUUUGGUCCAAGGAUUACAGCAUUUUACAUUAAAACUUAUUCAGUAAGAAACAAAACACACAAAAAAAACUACUGGUCAUUACUGUGUCAUCAUAUAUUGAACGUAGCAGUCUGUAUAAUUUUUUUUUUUUUUUUUUCUUCAAAAUAAAUUUUGCAAAUAAAGAAAAAACUUUGUUCUAGCUUAAAA